AUGUCAGAAGAGUUUUACGACGAGGACCCUUACGCUUACGAAGAUGACGAGACUUCGAUCACGGCGGAAGACUCAUGGACCGUGAUAUCGGCGUUUUUCCGGGAAAAGGGUCUAGUGUCGCAGCAGCUGGACUCGUUUAACCAGUUCAUCAACUACACGAUCCAGGAUUCGAUCAUGGAGGACUCGACGCUGAUUUUGGAGCAGUUAGCCCAGCACACAACGGAGACUGACAACAUCAGCAGGAAGUACGAGAUCAGUUUCGGAAAAAUCUAUUUGGCCAAGCCCUCAAUGACAGAGUCGGACGGUGUCUCGCAUGCCAUGUACCCGCAGGAAGCCCGGCUGCGGAAUCUAACGUACGCGUCUGGUCUUUUUGUCGAGAUUCGCAAACGUACUUAUGAAGCAGUCGAUAUUCCAGGCAGAGACCUGAAAUACGAGGUGAUUGACGAGGAGAGCGAGAUGUCUGAUGACAGCAAGAUUUUUAUCGGGCGUGUGCCAAUCAUGCUUCGGUCCAAGUACUGUCUUCUAGACGAGCUUACAGAGAGCGACCUUUACAAACUUAAGGAAUGUCCCUUUGAUAUGGGUGGGUAUUUCAUCAUCAACGGUUCUGAAAAAGUGCUUAUUGCGCAAGAACGGUCAGCGGGGAACAUUGUACAGGUCUUCAAGAAAUCUGCGCCUUCUCCAAUUUCACACAUCGCGGAAAUUAGAUCGGCGUUGGAGAAAGGCUCUCGUUUCAUCAGUACUCUACAGGUCAAAUUGUAUGGUCGCGAGGGUAAUACUAAUCGUACGAUUAAGGCCACGCUUCCGUACAUCAAGCAAGAUAUUCCAAUCGUUAUUAUUUUCAGAGCCUUGGGUAUUAUUCCAGAUGGUGAAAUUCUGGAACAUAUCUGUUACGAUGUUAAUGACUGGCAAAUGCUCGAGCUGUUGAAGCCUUGUGUUGAAGAAGGUUUUGUAAUUCAAGAUCGAGAAACCGCCUUGGAUUUUAUUGGCCGUCGUGGUACUGCUUUGGGUAUCAAGAAGGAAAAAAGAAUUCAGUACGCAAAGGACAUUCUUCAAAAGGAGUUUUUACCUCAUAUUACUCAGUUGGAAGGUUUUGAAAGCAGAAAAGCAUUUUUCUUAGGUUAUAUGAUUAACAGGUUACUGCUAUGUGCUCUUGACCGUAAAGAUCAAGAUGAUCGUGACCACUUUGGUAAGAAGAGAUUAGAUUUGGCCGGACCAUUACUAGCACAGCUUUUCAAGACCUUAUUCAGAAAAUUGACGAGAGAUAUUUUGAGGUUUAUGCAAAGAUCCGUUGAAGAAGCAAAGGAUUUCAAUCUAAAGUUGGCAGUAAAGGCCACCACCAUCACGGCAGGUCUCAAAUAUGCUUUAGCUACUGGUAAUUGGGGUGAGCAGAAGAAGGCAAUGACUUCCAGAGCUGGUGUUUCACAAGUAUUGAAUAGAUAUACCUAUUCUUCUACGUUGUCACAUCUAAGAAGAACGAAUACACCUAUAGGGCGUGACGGUAAGUUAGCCAAACCUCGUCAACUGCAUAAUACGCAUUGGGGGCUGGUGUGUCCAGCAGAAACCCCAGAAGGUCAAGCUUGUGGUUUGGUAAAAAAUUUAUCGUUAAUGUCAUGCAUUUCCGUUGGUACGGACCCUGUGCCAAUUAUCACAUUUUUGAAUGAAUGGGGUUUGGAGCCAUUAGAAGACUAUGUUCCGCAUCAGUCCCCAGAUGCUACAAGAGUCUUUGUAAACGGUGUAUGGCUCGGUAUUCACAGAAACCCUGCUAAGCUUGUGGACACUAUCAAAAAGUUGAGAAGGAAAGGUGACGUUACUCCAGAGGUUUCGAUCGUCAGAGAUAUUCGUGAGAAGGAGUUGAAGAUUUCCACAGAUGCAGGUAGAGUCUACAGACCCCUGUUCAUUGUGGAUGAAAAUGAGGAUACAGGCAUCAAAGAACUGAAACUGAGAAAAGGACACAUCAGAAAAUUGAUGAUGACUGAGUACCAGGAUAUUGAAGGUGGAUUUGAAGAGGAGGAUAUUAAUUACACAUGGACUUCCUUGCUUAAUGAGGGUUUGGUGGAAUAUAUUGAUGCUGAAGAAGAAGAGACCAUUCUGAUUGCCAUGCAGCAUGAGGAUCUUGAUCCAACUAUUCCAGCGGCUGAUCCAGAAGAAGAACUUGAUCCUGCCAAACGUAUCAAAGCCAUCCAUCACUCCAAUACUUUCACUCACUGUGAGAUCCAUCCCUCGAUGAUUCUGGGUGUUGCUGCAUCUAUUAUCCCAUUUCCAGAUCAUAAUCAAUCGCCUCGUAACACAUAUCAGUCGGCUAUGGGUAAACAGGCUAUGGGUGUGUUCCUAACAAAUUACAGCGUUCGUAUGGAUACCAUGGCCAACAUCUUAUACUAUCCUCAAAAGCCAUUAGGUACUACUCGCUCCAUGGAGUAUCUCAAAUUUAGAGAGCUCCCAGCUGGUCAGAAUGCUAUCGUCGCUAUUGCAUGUUAUUCUGGUUACAACCAAGAAGAUUCGAUGAUCAUGAACCAGUCAUCAAUUGACUCUGGAUUGUUCAGAUCUCUGUUUUUCAGAUCUUAUAUGGACCAAGAAAAGCGUAUCGGUAUGUCCAUCACUGAGUCUUUUGAAAAACCUCAACGGACCAAUACUUUAAGGAUGAAACAUGGUACUUAUGAUAAACUAGAUGACGAUGGGUUAAUUGCUCCUGGUGUUAGGGUGUCUGGUGAUGACAUGAUUAUAGGUAAGACGACUCCUAUUCCUCCAGAUGCCGAAGAGUUAGGGCAAAGAACCGCAUUCCACUCCAAGCGUGAUGCUUCCACACCUUUAAGAAGUACUGAAAAUGGUAUUGUCGAUCAAGUCUUGAUCACUACGAACCAAGAGGGUUUAAAAUUUGUUAAAGUAAGAGUAAGAACCACUAAAGUACCCCAAAUUGGUGACAAAUUUGCAUCUCGUCACGGUCAAAAAGGUACAAUCGGUAUCACAUAUCGGAGAGAAGACAUGCCGUUUACUGCAGAGGGUGUUGUACCUGAUUUGAUUAUUAACCCGCACGCCAUUCCUUCACGUAUGACAGUCGCACAUUUGAUCGAAUGUUUACUGAGUAAAGUAGCGGCACUGUCCGGUAAUGAGGGUGAUGCUUCUCCAUUUACAGACAUCACUGUCGAUGGUAUUUCGAGGCUUCUUCGCGAACACGGCUAUCAGUCUCGUGGUUUUGAGGUUAUGUACAAUGGGCACACGGGUAAAAAACUGAUGGCUCAAAUUUUCUUCGGUCCAACAUACUAUCAACGUUUGAGACACAUGGUGGAUGAUAAGAUUCACGCCAGAGCCCGUGGUCCAGUUCAAGUGUUAACUAGACAGCCGGUCGAAGGUAGAUCGAGAGAUGGUGGUUUAAGAUUCGGAGAAAUGGAACGUGACUGUAUGAUUGCACACGGUGCUGCAGCCUUUUUGAAGGAAAGACUGAUGGAAGCAUCUGAUGCUUUCAGAGUUCACAUUUGUGGUAUUUGUGGGUUAAUGACGGUGAUUGCCAAACUAAAGCAUAAUCAAUUCGAGUGCAGAGGUUGUAAGAACAAGAUUGACAUCUAUCAAAUUCACAUUCCCUACGCAGCUAAAUUGCUUUUCCAGGAACUGAUGGCUAUGAACAUAGCACCACGUCUAUAUACCGACAGAUCUAGAGACUUUUAA